AUGUCGAAUUCAGCGGAUCCAGAGCGGUUUGAUGGCAUGCUUUUGGCCAUGGCUCAGCAAUGUGAGGGAGGAAUUCAGGAAUUAUUGGAUGUCUUCUUUGGAUUCCUGGCCAGAAAAACAGACUUUUACUCGGGUGCUGGAGGCCUGCAGGCUGAAAAGUUGGUGAUAGCCAAAUUUGAGCAGCAUGAAAAGCUCGUCAAGGAAAAGUUGCAGAAAGAAAAAGUAGAGCGUGAAGCAGAAGAAAAAAGGCGACAGGAACGCUUAGCUAAAAAAAAGGCAGAGGAAGAAAAGGAAAAACAGAAGUUGGAAGAGGAACCAAAAAUAAAGGAACUGACGGAUGAGGAGGCAGAGAAAUUGGAAGAAGAUUUGAAGAAUAAACAAAACGACAUCACAGCCAACAAUGAUGCAGAUGAAACUGGCGAUCAGAAAGAUAAGACUCCAAGUGAUGAUGAGGAAGAUGAGAAGGACAAGGGAAAACUGAAACCUAAUGCAGGCAAUGGUGCUGACAUGCCAAACUAUAGCUGGACUCAAACCUUGCAGGAAGUGGAGAUCCGUAUCCCAUUUCAAGUCGAUUUUCCACUGAAGGGCAAGGACUUGGUCGUCAACAUUGAGAAGAGGAAAUUGUAUGUAGGACUCAAGGGGCAUCCACCUGUACUGGAGGGCACCAUGUAUAACGAUGUCAAGGUUGAAGAGUCCACUUGGUGUGUGCAGGACAAGAAGAUAUUGCUGAUUAAUAUGGAGAAGGUUAACCAGAUGGAGUGGUGGAGCCGGAUACUCACGACAGAGCCAGAGAUCAACACUAAGAAAGUUCAGCCAGAAAACUCCAAGCUGUCAGAUCUGGAUGGUGAAACACGUUCCAUGGUUGAGAAGAUGAUGUACGACCAGAGACAGAAAGAAAUGGGCCUCCCUACAUCUGAUGAGCAGAAAAAACAGGAUGUGCUGAAGAAGUUUAUGGAGCAGCAUCCAGAGAUGGACUUCUCCAAGUGCAAGUUCUCAUAA